AUGCAGACUGCUUCUACAAACAUUUGUGAAAGACUGUGCAAUAAGUCCAUCUGUGAAAUGUUCUUGGUACUAAAUAUUCCACGGUCAACUGUUAGUGGUAUUAUAACAGAGUGUAAGCAACUGGGAACAACGGCAACUCAGCCAAAAAGUGUUAGGACAUGUAAAAUGACACAGCGGGGUCAGUGCAUGCUGAAGCACAGUGCACAGAAGUCACCAACUGUCUGCAGAGUCAAUAGCUAAAGACCUGCAAACUUCGUGUGGCCUUCAGAUUAGCACAACAACAGGGCAUAGAGAGCUUCAUGGAAUGGGUGUCCAUGGCCAAACAGCUGCAACCAAGCCUUACAUCACCAAGUGCAAUGUAAAGUGUCGGAUGCAGUGGUGUAAAGUACACUGCCACUGGACU